UUUCACCAUUGGAAAAAUAUAUGAACUCGUUCUGAGUUGAAAGUGAACCUAUCCAAACUUCACAUGGAUAACCCUAACAGUGAUGAGGACACAGACACUGACUUUGACACCCAACUCAUCAUUCAACAGAGUUUGCUGGAUAUCUACAAGCCAGGAAUAAGUCAACACACAUCAGAAGACAAGAGAUCCCAUUCUGUUUUGAGUGCUGAUCAUAAGAAAAUAAUUGAAGCAAUAGAGACAGGUAAGGAAGAUGCAUUGGCACACUUAACCAAGUACCAUUCUGCCUUUGAUGAAGCCGGUGGGGCUGGCUGGCUCCCUCUGCAUAAGGCAGCAGUGCAGUUGAAUAAGAACAUCUUAGAAAUAACCCUGAAAGCUUCCAGACCCCGUAUGUGGGAACACACCACCCACAAUGGUGAAACACCACUUUUUUUGGCUGUCAGCUGUAGCCUCCUAGAAAAUGCCCAUUUUCUUCUUCUCAAUGGAUGCAACCCAAAUGCUAAGAAUCUUGAAGGCAGUUCUCCUCUUCUUACAGCUGUUCUGAAAGACUCCUACGACAUGGCCACCUUGCUGAUCAGCCAUGGAGCAGAUGUCAAUCUGCGAUGUGCCAAUGAAAGGACGGCUCUCCAUGAAGCUGCCAAGCUAGGCAGACUGGAUAUGGUGAGGUUGAUGCUGACUUCUGGGGCACACCCAGAUGCACGGAGCUCCUAUGGAUUUACUCCUCUUGCACUUGCAGCUCAAAGCGGACACACUGAAAUCAUGGAACUCUUACUGCAGAAAGGCAAGACUUACCCAAUAACUGGGGCUGAUGUUCACAGUCAGGCCUCUGAUUGUUCCUCCAUUUUACUUGAAGCUGUUAGAGGAGGAAAUCCAGAUUCUGUGACUCUGUUGCUGGAUUAUGGAGCUGAUGCCAACAUUCCUAAAAGUUCAGGCCACCUGCCCAUUCAUGUGGCAGCUGACAAAGGCCACUUAUUAGCUCUAAAGAUGUUGGUUCCAGUCACAGAUACUGCUGCCAUCAAAAGGAGCGGGAUUAGUCCAGUUCACUGUGCAGCAGCUGGGGCACAUCCCCAGUGCCUGGAACUUCUCAUUCAGGCUGGAUUUGAUGUGAAUUUCAUGCUAGAUCAGAGAAUCCGUAAAUACUAUGAUGAUCAAAGGAAGUCAGCCUUGUAUUUUGCAGUUUCAAAUGGCGACCUCUCUUCAGUUAAGCUGCUUCUGAGUGCUGGAGCUCUACCCAAUCAAGAUCCAGUCAACUGCCUACAGAUAGCUCUCAGGAUGGGCAACUAUGAGCUCAUAAGUCUACUACUGAGGCAUGGGGCAAAUGUUAAUUACUUCUGCAGAGUUAACCCUUUGCAUUUCCCAUCAGCACUGCAAUACUCAUUGAAAGAUGAAGUCAUGCUCAGGAUGCUGUUGAAUUAUGGGUAUGACACAAAGCGAUGUUUUGAUUGUCCUCAAGGGGACAGAGUUCAUCGUCUUUGUACUUUUGAAGGCUGGACAUCUACAGUUAUUAAAGAUACUAUGUUUUGUGAAGUCAUAACUUUGUCGUGGCUACAGCAUCUUUCUGGGAAAGUUGUUCGUGUGAUGCUUGAUUACGUUGAUCAAGUUCAAAUCUGUUCAAAAUUGAAGGCUGUGCUUGAAAAGCAAAAGCUUUGGUCAGAAAUACAUUUUAUCUUGACAAACCCUCGUUCUCUCAAACACUUGUGCCGCCUUAAGAUCCGGAAGUGUAUGGGACGGUUACGUCUGCGCUGCCCCGUCUUCAUGUCAUUUCUUCCAUUGCCCAAGCGUCUAAAAGCUUAUGUCCUUUACGAAGAAUAUGACCUUUAUGGACAAGAAAGUUUUACCGGAUCCUGGUAACUGACCUAUUUUGGAGGAGAAAGCUGCACCAUUUUCUUAAUCAUUGUAAAUGACUUUUCUCUUUAUUUGGUAAUUAAAACUUCAAUGUAGCCUACAUCAUUUAAAGUCUUUCUGUAUGGUAUACCUCUCUAUGAGCUGUU